AUGCGCCGAACCUACACACGUCUCGCUGGACAGUUGGUUGCCCUCACGAAGCUUCAGACCACCUACGAGAAACAGCUCCUCUCGCCAACGCUCCUCUCCACAAUAUCUCCGGCCAGAGCAGUUGCAAAGAUGGUAUCAACGGCUCGGGUCAACGGCGAUCUCAACAAUACCGAAGUGUUACGGAAGAGCUCAGUCGUCCCACCCGACCCUGCCUACUCCCAGCGCACUUUGGCCAUCCAGAAAGAGGAGGACAACGAGGACAUCCGCGUACUGCACAGACCCUUCUUACUGCACCAGGAUGUUGCAAACAGCGACUGGAUCUCGAAGCUCGAGCUUAGCACCGCUCUCAAGAUGGCAGAGGUGGAUAUGAACCGCACGGGCGAGAGGCUCAAGGUCCUUGUACUCUACGGCAGCCUGCGCAGUCGAUCAUAUUCAAAACUUCUGGCCUUGGAAUGCGCACGCAUCCUCUUCCGACUGGGCUGCGACGUCCGUGUUUACGAUCCAGCAGGCCUGCCUGUCAAGGACGACGUCCAACAUGACCACCCAAAAGUACAGCAGCUGCGUGACCUGAGCAAAUGGAGUGAUGGCCAUGUUUGGGUUUCUCCGGAACAGCAUGGAACGCUCACUGGCGUGUUCAAGAAUCAGAUCGACUGGAUUCCAUUGAGCACUGGAUCGGUGCGUCCAACUCAAGGUCGUACGCUCGCCAUCGCCGAAGUCUCCGGGGGCUCACAAUCUUUCAACGCCGUCAACAUGCUUCGGAUCCUUGGCCGCUGGAUGCGCAUGUUCACGAUCCCGAACCAGUCGUCCGUUCCAAAAGCUUACACACAGUUCACCGACGCCCAGGAUCCAAACGAUCAUCAAUCGUACAUUGAGGCGGAAGGAGGCAGCCGAAUGAAGCCAUCCGGGAACCGCGAGAGGCUAGUCGACUGCAUGGAGGAGUUUGUGAAGUACACCAUCAUCAUGCGGCAGCAGUUUGAAUUGUUCAACGACCGGUACAGCGAACGUGCCGAGCGUGCGGCCAAGUCGGCGGAAGAGGAACGGGCAAAGCAGAAGGCGGGAGAAGAGGGCAAUGCGAGAAGUAUGGCGGCGGCAGAUCUUGUCAAUGGGGUUGACGUAGCUGGCAUAUGA